AUGGCGGACAAACGAAAGACGAUCCGAUACGAGUUGCCCGCGGAUGAUGCAAGCUAUUAUCAUCUGGCACCUUCGUCACCAAACACCAUCCGAAGGGCAGCCAGCACCGGCGACCUGACCGGCCAAACCCUCCAACACGAGCAGCUGAGCUCCGCCGGAAAUGACAGCCCAUCGCCGCCUCUCAGCGAACUAUGGGGUGAUGAUACAAAGAUUCUAGGUAACGUUUGA